UGACCACCAUCAAAGAGACGAUGGCGCUGCAAUACGGGAUAUUUUUCCUGGAAGAAUUUACAAAAGCGGUGGACUGUGAGAAAACGUGAUAUUUUACAGUAAUUCUCCUUGAUUUUCACUAUUUCUGGUGCUCUAAGCAAUGUUCUCUGUCGAAAGUAUCACAUCAUCUGUUCUGAAGGAUGAUAUUGCACACUUUAUUGAACACAUCGAGGGAAAUCUGCAAAAGCAUUCUCCCUCAUCUCAUUCCCGAACUGACAAGGAAUGUGAACUCCUGGAAAGUCUUCCCGGUAUUCUUCAGAUGUUCACAACUGUGGUUCAACUACAAUUUGAUAGUGGGAAAGAUUGCAAAAGUUCUUCCCAGAAACUUUUGCAUGCAUCAAUCAAAUUCCUGAAAACCAGCUGUGCUCAUGGAAGAGCCCAGCAGGAAGUAAUUGCAAAUAGAGAAGGAGUCUUUGAGGCUAUAAGAACCAUUAUAGAGCAAUCGGAAGACGAAACGGCAAAGAAAUGGAGCUGGCAUCUACUGGUCAACAUUAUUGUGGACAACGUGGCGAGUCUGAUAGUCUUGUGGGACAGUCUCGGAAGCUACAUCCUCGCCAAGAUGAGUGAAACUCAUGAGAAUUCAGGAACCAAUGCUGCUGUACUGUUCAACUGCUUUAGAAUAGCUCUGGAGAGUGGUGUUGAAGAAAUACCAACAGUGGAAAUCUUCAGAUGUAUGAUUGAAGUGCUGCAAAAGAAUGUCGAAAGCGCUGAGUCAAGCAGGAUGGAUUUUGUCCACCUCUGUUUUGAGUAUCUCAUCACAGAAUCGGUCAAAUUCAAAGAAAUCUACUCUCAGCUCGAUGGACACGAUCGGAUCUGGACGAUUUUUUACAUCACAGACCACGUGAAAGAUGAUAGGGAGCCCAGAGUGACGGAGACAGUGCUCAAUUCUCUUCCCGGAGAGUUCAAUAGAAAAUCCGAACGCUACCUCAACAGCAGGUGCUCGGAAUAUGAGGAGGAUGAUGCCAAGGAGUUAAUGGCUUUGCUGCGAUGUAUAGUGACAAUAACUGGAAGCGAGAAAUAUGCAAAGAUUUACAACGCAGAGACUUCUCUUUUUAUCAACACCGGAGCACUUCUCGACACUGUCCACAGAAUUAGCACUCAGGAAGGUUCUGCCUUUUCUCCUCUCGGGAAGCUUGAAGACUUCUCGAGCAAAUCAGCAGAGGCGCAGGAAGCUGAGAAGGAAGUUUUCUUUGAACUGAAAACACUUCUUGUACGAUUGAUGGCCAAUUUGUGUCACAAAAAUCGCAAAAAUCAAGAUUUGGCCAGAGAACUCAAGUUUCUCCUCACCAUUUGUGGUUGCACGACAAUGGAUGCCCGUAAUCCAAUGAUGAAAGAAUGGGCGAUUGUGGCGCUGAAGAAUGUCCUCGAAGGCAAUGCUGAGAAUCAGAGCAUUAUCGCAUCCCUUGUGAACACUGGACCGGCCGCCAACAGUGUUCUAUCUGAGUUGACGAUGGAAAAUGGUACAGUUCGAAUAAAUCGCAAUCAGAAGCCAUAAAAAGCGGCCAUGAAGAAUUCCAGAGGUGAAGAUAAAUGGGAGAGUCUUGUGCGUAAUUUUAUUAUCAAGAAGCCCCAACAUCUCCAGUGAGAAAGAUAAUCUCUCGCUGUAAACAUGGUCUUCUUAUUUACACAAGUCAACUCGAGCACUCUUUCUCAUCAAGAUGCAGGUGAUAACGGCCAAGCUGAGGAGUGGAUAUCAGUGCCGCGGUGAGUCUUCGUGGCAGUGAAUCGCGACGAUUUUCCCUUUGUCCGUCCAUGCUUCAAAAUUGCAUUUUAUAAAUAAACCCCACGGAAAAAGUGUGUGUUUCUGUGGAAUU